AUGACCGAGGCGAAGAAGGUGCUGGGUAUUGCACAAGACGGAACUCCACAGCAGGCUGGAACUCGGCCGUUCUACCAUGCUAACAGACGACCAAGCCGCUGGGUCAAGCACGUCGUCACCUGGCGCACCCGGGCCGCCAGCAUCCGCGGCGCCGCAACCGGACCAGCAUGCACCUGGUAUGAAACACAUGAGGAAGAGCCGACAAGCUGGGACGUAUGCAAGCAAAAACUUAGCAACCUCUUCGGAAAGUUCGCUGGUCGCAAGUUCGCCGUUGCGAAAUACCAAUCCUGUCGGGAUCAGACAGCUACCGAGUCGUACGUUGCGUACAUCCCUGAUGUCCUAGCUCUUUGCCACUGCGUCGAUUCCAGUAUGCCCGAGGCUGACAGAAUGCUCAUGCCGUUCGCCGUCGGCCGACGAUCGUCGGUCCCGCUCGCCACUGCCCCGUCGUUUUUCAUCGCCGCACCCUUCUGUACGCUCAUCCCCGGAAAACUGACAGAUGCAGCUCCCGGAGAUGACGCUGCAUUGGACUCUCGACCUGCAAGUCUUCUCCUUACAUUGCCGACAGAUCAGAACUUAAUGGCCUUGGAAGUUGAUGCCCUACCUGUCACUGCCCUGAUCAACACCGGCGCACACCUCUCGGUCAUGAGGGCUGAUGUCCGGAAGCGACUCAAGAAAGUGCUCACUCCUGCCGAGUCCUGCGUCGUACGAGUCGCUGAUGGGGGAACCCCUGCUGUGCUGGGAAUGUGUGCAGUUCGUGACUACAGGAUUAUUUUGCCCAACGUUUCAUUAGGUGAAGCUAUGAAGCGUGCAGUCAUGCUGCACUGCGACAUCUCAGGUCGUCCAUAUCGCAUCGAAGACUUUCGAAAGCCCUUACAAGACGCCGGCGUCAUCAAGGACGUUGCUGUAAUAGGUGCCUACCAGAUGUCCCACGUCUGGCUCGUUAACCUGCGGACGGAUGAAGCGAAAAAGAAGCUUAUAGAAGCAGGAAGGUUGGUCGUCAAGGAUCGUCUUUGCAUCGUCAUCGACCCCAACAGGCAAGAGGUGCGUCUGAAGUUGCAUUGGGUGGCUUUGGAUGUCACGAGCGAUAACAUUCGGAGGGCAUUCAGUGAAUACGGCGAAGUGAAGGAAGUGACCAAUGACAGGUGGAAAGCGGAGGGCUUCGAAUGUGCUGACUCUCUGACAAAGUUUGUGCGAUUGUUUUUGAAAGAGGGUAUCGCACUAGACAACAUACCGCACCAGAUGCGCCUGGGCAGCGGUACAGUGCUCAUUGUGGCGCCAGGACGAGCCCCUCUUUGCCUUCGUUGCAAGCACACGGGUCAUAUACGGCGUGAUUGCAGGGUACCGAAGUGCGCCGAAUGUCAUGCGUUUGGCCAUGGACAGGAAGCAUGUACUCGCAGCUACGCCAAAGCCGUGGGCAGAUCUACGGUUGUAGACCAAAGCGAGCUUGUCAUGGACGAGGAAGAGGCAGAGCAAGCUGCGGCACCUGCGACAGCCGACAAGAGAGGAACCGAUCAGGGAGCUGACAAGGAAGUCCGCGUCUCGGGGCUGCAGACGCCGGCCAUGACGGUGUCCAGCGUCGGUGAGCACCAAGAGACUGCUACAACGAACGCGGUUGGCGUUGGUCCGGUGCUCCAGGAUGAGGGCCCCACGGGAGAGUCCUCGGACGCGACCAGCGUCUCUCAAACGCAGCAGGCAGCAAGCAUAAAGCCAGCGGUCGACGAAAGUGCUGUGGGAAAUAUGGACGCGGAGACAACCCCGGCAAAACGUCGCCAUGACGACGUGAGUGCGGUGUCGCAGGAGCAGCGUCUGAGACAGGUCGAAGCUUCUCUGGAAGCGAAUGGGGUGAAGAAGAAACCUCGCAGCGCCGUUCGGACGCGCGCGUCGUCCCUGACAAGGGGCGGCAAGGAGGUGAACUCUUAGACGCCACUAUGGCGACUGCACAAAGCGUCGAGAUGGGAAAUGAGGGCGUCUUGCCGGUGGUCUCGUCCUGCAGGAAAAUUGUGUCGUUGGAAAGGUCCCUGCGCGUAGGAACAAUUAAUGUACGAGGAUUAGCGACUAAAAGAAGGCAAAAUCAGUUGUAUCGUAUUGCGAUGGAACAAGAAUUGGACAUAAUCGCAGUGCAGGAAACUAAAGUUCAAGGUGAGGACCAGACCGACGGCAUGUUACGCCCGUUCUCGGCGCAUUAUAGUGUGUGCGUCAGUCAUGCGGUGGGGACGUCAGGAGGGUGUGUAUUAUUUGUGCGUAGUUGCUUAGGUAUUGUUAUACAGUCUGUUAUAAGCUGUCCAUCGGGCCGCUUUGUAGUUUGUGACUUUGUUUUUGCCGGCAAUGAAUGGCGCGUGUUUUGUUUGUAUGCUCCAACUGACGUUGCACAGCGUCUAGAAUAUUUCGGCCUCAUUAGUGAGUAUUGUAACACUGAUCGUAUACUGAUCCUUCUCGGCGAUUUUAAUUGUGUAUGCUCAGCACGAGACAAAACGAGUGCUACGCCGCACCGUGAGACUAGCAUGAUAAAGUUAAUGAAUAUCAUCAACGAUUUCGCUCUGGAAGAUGUGGGAGAAUGUAUUACCAGUGGGCAUAAUGUCCAAUUCACGCAUUUUCAAGGUUCUAGUCACGCACGCUUAGAUCGUGCAUAUGUGUCGCUGGAUAUUGUGCCUCUGUGUAAGGAUUAUUGCGUAACACCUCUCUCCUUCACUGACCAUUGCCUCGUGAUGUUUAGCAUUUGCAGCAAAAAAGAAAGAAAGGGAAAAUUUAACUGGGAUUCAUGGAAAAUUAAUA